CCUAUAUUUUUCACGUUUUGGAAGAUUUUCACAAAAAGGCCUGAAUUUUUUUAUAUUUGAUCUGGGUCGCAUAUUAAAGAGCGCAAAAUCAAAACGUUGAAGGAAAUUCAUCAAUGGAAUCUUUGCGAUUCAAAUCUCUGAAUGGGGCUUGGACAAAUGAAGGUAGCUCCUUAAUGAUGCAUGUUGGAAAAACGGGGAUUUAGAUAUAUAACUUGGCAGUUAAGUUCUUAAUUCAUAUAGUGCUGCUGGCAUAUCAUCAUAUAGAAAAAACUAAAGAAGAAAUUAAUAAGUGGUUAGAAACAGAGAGUGAAAAAACACAGUGAGAAUGGAAUGUAAUAAAGAUGAGGCUGUCAGGUCUAAGGAAAUUGCAGAGAAGAAGUUUAUGGAGAUGGACAUUUCUGGGGCAAAAAGAUAUGCUUUGAAGGCCCAAAGCUUAUAUCCUGGGCUUGAUGGUCUUCCUCAAUUUCUGCAAACUCUUGAUGUGUACAUUUGUGCUGAGAAAAGAAUAAAUGGAGAAGUUGAUUGGUAUGGGGUCCUUGGAGUGAAACCUUUUGCUGAUGAUGACAUGAUCCGGAAGCAUUAUAGGAAACUGGCUCUUAUUCUUCAUCCAGAUAAAAACAAAUCUGUUGGUGCAGAUGGGGCCUUUAAAAUACUAUCUCAAGCCUGGAGUUUUUUGUCUGACAAAGCCAAGAGAAUUGUGUAUGACCAGAAGCGGAAUUUAAGGGAUAUAUAUCAAAAGGAUCCAGAUAGGAAAUCUUCAGCGCCAGCUGGUCAGAAUGGUUUUACUAAUCUCUCCAACAGUAAUAAUUUCAAUGCAAAGAAUCAGAAGGGAGCUACUAAUCCCAAUCAUGCUCGUGCUCCUGAGCCUUUAAAACCCACAUUUUGGACUGUGUGCAACUCUUGCAACAUGCAUUUUGAGUACCUUAGAACUUAUCUCAACUACACCCUUGUUUGCCCCAACUGCCAUAAGCCCUUUAAGGCUUAUGAAUCACCACCACCUAUACCCUUUAAUGGCAGUGGUUCUUCCCCUUCAAGGAAUUCUUACAUGCGGCGACAAAAUUCUUGUCCACAAACAAUGGUCAAAAACCAAUAUGCUUCAGGAAAUAUACCAACUUCUGCUACAACUGCAAGACCAGCAGGAUUUUCUGCUUCUGUCUCAUCUAAGAGAACUUUUCAACCGGGUGCAUUCUCUAAAUCAGGUGGUGUUGCUAGUGUGCCACUGUCAGCUUCCUCUGCUGCCCAAGCCACUGGUGUUUUUGAGCCAACAUCUGAACAAUUGAAGAGAAGGCGUGAAGAUGCAGCAGCAGCUGCCAUGAGAGAGGAGGCUUAUCAGGGGAAAAAUCAUGCUACUAAGAAAACAGGGGCUGGUUUUGGGUCUUUAAAUGCAGGUUCUAGUUCUGUUCAGAAAGGAGACAGGCCUAAGAAACAACGACGCAUAGAUGAAUAUAGGAUGGUCAAUAAAGGAAGAGAGAUGGCAAAUCAAAUGGCAAUGGAAAAAGGAGUUCAAGUGGAGAGUGCAUCUGGAUCUCAGAAGGGUAGUUUUGAAACAGGGAGGAUGAAGGCUGCAGGAAGCAAUAGACCUAUUGUUUCAAGGGACCUUUCUCAACUGGAAAUGCGAAACAUGUUGAUGGAGAAGGCUAAGAAAGAGAUCCGCAAGAAGCUCAAUGAGUGGAGGUCGGCUUCUGUAUCAAAGCCUUUGCACAAGUUGAACACUUCACAAGAGGAAGUUGGAGAGAAGGGUACAGGAGAGAAGAAACCUGCUGUAAAUGGGGUAAAAGCUGAUAAAUGUAGAGAGUUUGUGCAACCCAAUACCACCAAAAAGUCUUCCCCUGCCAAUUCUAGUGUUAAUUUCGAUACAGACGGUGCUGAUCCAAUGUCAAUGAGUGUACCGGAUCCAGAUUUCCAUGACUUUGACAAGGAUCGUACAGAAAAAUCAUUUGGUGAUAACCAGGUUUGGGCUGCUUAUGAUGAUGAUGAUGGGAUGCCCCGUUAUUAUGCUAUGAUUCAUAGUGUGAUAUCUAGGAAACCUUUUAAAAUGCGGAUUAGCUGGCUUAAUUCCAAAAGCAACGAUGAAUUGGCCCCUUUGAACUGGGUUGGCUCUGGCUUUUACAAGACUAGUGGGGAUUUCCGGAUAGGCAAGCAUGAGAUCAAUCGCUCUCUUAACUCUUUCUCACAUAAGGUCAAGUGGACAAAGGGCAUAAGAGGUGCCAUUCAAAUAUAUCCUGUAAAGGGAGAUGUUUGGGCUCUAUAUAGGAACUGGUCCCCUGAUUGGAAUGAGCUUACCCCAGAUGAAGUGAUACACAAAUAUGACAUGGUGGAAGUGCUUGAAGAUUACAAUGAGGAGCGAGGUGUGCCUGUUGUUCCCCUUGUUAAAGUUCCUGGAUUCAGGGGAGUGUUCCGCUGUAAUGAGGACCCCGGUAAAAUCACGACAAUUCCGAGAGCAGAGAUGUUUCGGUUCUCACACCAGGUCCCAUCUUACUUGCUUACAGGUCAAGAGGGUCAAAAUGCCCCUAAAGAUUGCUGGGAGAUUGAUCCUGCAGCUACGCCUUUGGAACUUCUUCAUGCACUGACAGAUGCUCAGAAGGAAGAAGUGCUGGAUAAUGCUGAAAAUGCUAGGGGAGAAGAUCCAUUAGAGAGAAUGGAAAAACCCAAGGAAGAAGAGAGGGUGGAGAAUGGCAAAACAACCAAGGAAAAGGGUCUGGUAGGAGAUAUUGGAAGAAAAUUUGUGGCAGAAAUGAAGAUUAAGGGAAAGGACAUGAUGGAAGAAAAGGUACUAGUAUAUAACCGGAGACGGUUGAGGGAAGGGAAAAUGCUGGAAAGUGCCAAGUGAAUGUCGAAGCCAUGGCACUGACCUAUAUAGUACAGUUUCUGUUUUGAAGUCAUACAGUAAUUGCCAAGAAAAUGGCAGAAAUGAGUUUGCAAAUUAAAAAACUUAGGCUCACCAUUCCAACCCAAGUUGGUGUUUGGUUUGAAGUUUUCUUUUCCUCUACUCAUUUGGCAAUUAAUUAUGAUCAGUAAUUAUACCGAGGCAGAUUCAGCGGCUUUGAUAUUUAUUUGCUGUAUAUUGGUGGAACUACAAUUUUGUUGGAAGUUUUAGGAUUCCCUCAAGAUUCAUUCAGAAUAUGAAGGCUGCUUGGAACUUGGAAGGGCAGCAUACCUGACUUAGAUGAUUCCUGGGAGGUGAUAAUUCAUUAUCCGAAAGGCUAGCUUGUUAUAUGCUGCAAGAGCUGUUUUUUACUUUUAAAUUUUAAUACCUCCAAAAGGACUAAUUAUUUGCAGCUGGUGGAAUUUGUGUACCAUGAGCUGCGUAUUUUUUUGAUACACCUCACAAUG